CAAACGACUAGGAAGAAAGCAUUAGCCGUAGCUUAUCAUCUACUGUUUGGCUUCUAGUUUUUACCCCUCCACCCCCACCACUUUUGGAUCAUUUUGGUGAACAAGUAGUCAUUAUACAUAUUCCAACAAAUUACCUGAAAACCGACGGUAUUUUCCUUGAAAGGCGAUUCCUUCAUCCGCACAAGAAGCUUCCUUCUUCCCCUUCGCUUCUUUUCUUCCUUUCGUUUUCUUGUCCUAGAAAAACCCCGGAUUCUACUGCUCCAUUCUUCCAAAGCUCAGUUCUUUCGAGAUGGGUCUCUGGGAUUCUUUUCUCAAUUGGCUCCAGAGCCUAUUCUUUAAACAGGAAAUGGAACUUUCCCUCGUUGGCCUUCAGAAUGCUGGAAAGACAUCUCUCGUUAAUGCCAUUGCUACAGGGGGAUACAGUGAAGACAUGAUUCCAACUGUUGGGUUCAAUAUGCGAAAAGUUACAAAGGGAAAUGUGACAAUCAAGCUCUGGGACCUAGGAGGGCAAAGGAGGUUUCGUACAAUGUGGGAGCGCUAUUGCCGUGGUGUUUCAGCAAUUGUGUAUGUAGUUGAUGCUGCUGAUAGAGACAGUGUUCCCAUAUCUCGAAGUGAGCUACAUGACCUUUUGAUGAAACCAUCUUUAAGUGGAAUUCCUUUACUUGUGCUCGGCAACAAAAUUGACAAGUCAGAAGCACUUUCCAAGCAAGCAUUGAUGGAUCAGCUGGGCCUUGAAUCACUUAAAGACAGAGAGGUGUGCUGCUAUAUGAUCUCGUGCAAGGAUUCCAUAAACAUGGAUGUUGUCAUUGAUUGGCUAAUCAAGCACUCAAAAACAGCAAAAUGAUUCAUGGGUCUUUUUUCUUCGGUGUUUGGAUGAAGAAUGAGCAAAGCCUGAGAAGCAAAUUCGGUGAUAAAAAUCCUGCCGGGUUGAAGCUUUUCCCCAAUUCGGCUUUAGUUGUGCCCCCAAAUAAGUGAAUUGUAUAGUACUUUGACAAUUGUAGCCAGUCUUUCAUGCUCUGUCACCUUUCCUUAUAUUUAUACCGUUCCUUUCCUGGUGUUUCUAAAUUUUGCGGAGGAUAGGUAGUUGCCACUAGCCUGAUUAGCUGGUGUUUGGAUUGUUUAUUUAUUGAUUUCUUUUUUCUUUCCUUGUA